AAUAAUUUCCGACCGGACUCAUCCCUGCUUUCUUUUCUUGCCUGCCUUGGCGACCGGCUCGUUUCAUCCAUGGCUGAACGGAGAGCCGCCGCACAAAUUCUGAGCAGAACCGCGUAGUCUCUGCUUGUUCCCGCCAACGAGACCUCUCUCCUAAGGCUACUGAUCGGAUAUGUCGCAGAAUCCGACUGUUGUCCAGCCGGAGGCAGCGAGAGAUGGCGACCGGACCAGUCUCUCCCACACCUUCAAGUACCUACUGGCGACCCAAUUUCUGUCAAGGGGGAUUCCCUUCAUGUUCAACAUUUGGAUCGUGAGGCAUCUCACCGAGGAGGACUACGCGCUGUAUGCAGUAAAGUUCCAUCUUUUUGUCACCUGCGUUUUGUUUAUCAGCCGGGAGGGGUUCCGAAGAGCGUGCAUGCGAGCGGACAUUCGAUGUGAUAAAUCAUCUGGAGAAAAUGUAGAGAAGCUUUUGAAAGUAGCCUGGGGUUCUCUUCCUCUUGGACUAAUUGUUACAGCUGCAGCAUGUUUUCUGGUGUUUUGGUGGCAAGAACUUAGUUGCUCUGAGCCAUAUGCGAAAGCUAUCCUGAUAAAUGGUCUUGCCUGCAUUUUGGAGCUCUUGGCUGAGCCCCUUUACAUCCUUUCUCAGAACCUUCUGUUGCUUAAGCUGCGAUUGUUAGUGGAGACAGCAGCAACACUUUCUCGUUGCAUUACAAUGUGUAUUCUCAUCGUUAAGCAAAUUGACAUGGAGAAGGGAAUUGUAUUUGCAAUAUCUCAAGUGGCAUAUGGAGCUUGCUUGUUCCUUGGCUAUUGGGGCUUUUUUCUUUCCUUGGGUGCUUUCAGAAAAUCUAAUCUUUUUCCUUUCAGACUGACAAGCUUCUUGAAUUACGACAAACCGCUUAUGAACAUGUCUAUGCUGUUAACCUGGCAAUCAUGUUGGAAAUUGAUACUUCAAGAAGGAGAGAAGAUGGUUCUUGUUUUGUUUGAUACACCAUAUAACCAAGCAGUAUAUGGGCUUGUAGACAAACUAGGGAGCCUAGUGGUGAGGUUGGUUCUUCUUCCCUUCGAAGAGAGCUCCUAUGCAACAUUUGCAAGGUCUGCAUCAGAACUGUGUCCAGAUAAAAGCAGGAAGGUAGCAAAUUCCCUUACAGAGGCCUUGAAACUCGUUCUGUUAGUUGGUCUUGUUUUCAUUGGUUUUGGUCCGAGCUACUCCUACUCUCUCAUAAGGCUGUUGUAUGGUCGAAAAUGGAGUGAUGGAGAAGCCUCAACAGUCCUCCGCUGCUACUGCAUCUAUGUCUUUGUUUUGGCGAUGAAUGGAACUUCUGAGGCCUUCCUGCAUGCAGUUGCUGACAAGAACCAACUCCAUCACUCAAAUGCUUCGUUGUUUGCAUUCUCAUGGGUGAAUGUUUUGCUAAAUGUCCUCUUAAUACACUCAGCUGGUGCAGUUGGCUUGAUAAUAGCCAAUUCAUUGAACAUGUUCUUGAGGAUCGCGUACUCUGGAGCAUUUAUCAGACAAUAUUUCCAGGAACAGGAUCCUUUGUCCUUUUCAUUUCGUAGGUGCUUCCCUUCGGGAGGGACGAUUAUCUUUUGUGUCUAG